CGCCCGCCGGCCGCCUGGGCCCCGCGCAGCGUUCAGGCCCUCGGGAGGCUCGGCCCCGCUUCCUUCUCCUCUCCCGUCGGCAGAGCCCGCUGCCGAGCACCCGGACCCGCCCCCUCUCCCGGAUCAGCUUCCCAGCCCGCUCGUUUCCGCCCUCCCUCCUUCCCUUCUCGGCUCCCGAAGCCGGAAGGAGCCGAAGCGCAGGCGGACAAAGCCGAAGCGGCCUGCGGGAGCCAGGUCUUCCGAGGCAGGGGCGGAAGGAGUCGAAGGGGCCGAGUGGAACCUCCGGAAAGAGCCGAAGCUUGUGAUCGCGUUUAUCGAGUGAGCACCGAACCCUUGGAGAGAGAAGGCCGGCGCUCCGGGACGGUUAGGAUUGCCGGGAGAGAGGGCCCAGCGGAGCAGUUUACGCGGGGACGGUUUGGAUUGUCGGAAAGAGCCGAACUCGUCGGGCCUACGGAGACGCCCGAACGGCGGCGGAAACUCGCGAAGCCGGCUCAGCCCGCCCUUCGGCCGACCCGUCCGGACUUUGCCGAAGCGCCUCGGGUGGGCGGGGCCGGCCGGCAGAGGGGGCGGAGACUGGGCGGGGCCGGGCCGCCGCGGCUAGCUUAGGCAGGAGCGGGGAGGCGUCGCGGCGGCCGGAAGUAGCCGAAGCUAGCGGCGGAAGUAGCCGAAGCAGCCGGAGCGGGCGGGCGGCGAGGCGAAGCGAGCGCUGCACAGGGCCCGACGCGGCCGCCUCAGCAUGUCGGACUUCGACGAGUUCGAGCGGCAGCUCAACGAGAACAAACAAGAGAGGGACAAGGAGAACCGGCACCGGAAGCGCAGCCACAGCCGCUCUCGCAGCCGGGAUCGCAAGCGGCGGAGCCGAAGCCGGGACCGCCGUAACCGAGACCAGCGGAGCGCCUCCCGGGACAGGCGGCGGCGAAGCAAACCUUUGACCAGAGGCGCUAAAGAGGAGCACGGUGGAUUGAUCCGCUCCCCCCGCCGUGAGAAGAAGAAGAAGGCUCGCAAAUACUGGGAUGUGCCCCCCCCUGGCUUCGAACACAUCACCCCCAUGCAGUACAAGGCCAUGCAAGCUGCGGGCCAGAUCCCAGCCACCGCCCUCCUUCCCACCAUGACCCCGGACGGCCUGGCCGUGACACCGACGCCUGUGCCCGUGGUUGGGAGCCAGAUGACGAGACAGGCCCGGCGUCUCUACGUGGGCAAUAUUCCCUUUGGCAUCACUGAGGAGGCCAUGAUGGACUUCUUCAACGCCCAGAUGCGCCUCGGCGGGCUGACACAGGCACCUGGGAACCCGGUGUUGGCUGUGCAGAUUAACCAGGACAAGAACUUUGCUUUUCUGGAGUUCCGCUCAGUGGACGAGACCACCCAGGCCAUGGCCUUCGACGGCAUCAUCUUCCAGGGACAGUCACUGAAGAUCCGCAGGCCUCAUGACUACCAGCCGCUGCCCGGCAUGUCGGAGAACCCCUCUGUCUACGUGCCUGGAGUUGUAUCCACAGUGGUCCCUGACUCUGCCCACAAGCUGUUCAUUGGGGGCUUGCCCAACUACCUGAACGACGACCAGGUUAAAGAGCUGCUCACCUCCUUCGGGCCUCUGAAGGCUUUCAACCUGGUCAAGGACAGUGCCACGGGGCUCUCCAAGGGCUACGCCUUCUGUGAGUACGUGGACAUCAACGUCACGGACCAGGCCAUCGCUGGGCUGAACGGCAUGCAGCUCGGGGAUAAGAAGCUGCUGGUGCAGAGGGCGAGUGUGGGAGCUAAGAACGCCACGCUGGUGAGCCCCCUGAGCACCAUCAACCAGACGCCGGUGACCCUGCAAGUGCCGGGCCUCAUGAGCUCCCAGGUGCAGAUGGGCGGCCACCCGACCGAGGUGCUGUGCCUCAUGAACAUGGUGCUGCCCGAGGAGCUGCUGGACGACGAGGAGUACGAGGAGAUCGUGGAGGACGUGCGGGACGAGUGCAGCAAGUACGGGCUGGUCAAGUCCAUCGAGAUCCCUCGGCCUGUGGACGGCGUCGAGGUGCCCGGCUGCGGGAAGAUCUUCGUGGAGUUCACCUCGGUAUUUGACUGCCAGAAGGCCAUGCAGGGGCUGACUGGCCGCAAGUUCGCCAACAGAGUGGUGGUCACCAAGUACUGCGACCCUGACUCGUACCACCGCCGGGACUUCUGGUAGAGGCGGCCCGGGAGGAGCGAGGCCGGGCUGGCUGGGCGCCCCCCACCCCUUCCCUGCGAAGACUGGGCAGCGGAGUGACCGCCGGGACAGCCGGCAGCAACUGGAACGGCGGGGCGGGGCGCAGCCCCAUCCCCAGUAGGAACACAGCCUGUUUAUAUUUUACGGCCAAACUCUUUGGAAUUUCGUUGUCCGGCCCUCCCAGCCCGCUCCCCCCACGCGCCCCAGUUUCUUACGUAGUUGACCGACCUCUAGUCUCCCGCCCUUGGCCCCGUGGCCCGUCCCUCCUCUGUGGCAGUUUCAUAUUUGCUAAGACGAAUUUGCUCAUUAAACAUUUUGUUGUAUUUUA